GACUGUUUUCUGGUACUGUUUUCUGCCCUUUGAAUCGUCAAAGCAAUCCCUUUUGGUUGGUUGGAAAAGAAAAAAUUAAAAAUAUAUGCUGGAAAGAAAGUCUUUGGAGAAGGAAGCACGAACUUUCAUCGUUGAAAUAGAAGCACCCCGCUUGCGAUUUUUAGGGUUAGGGUUUUGAAGGUUGUCUUUCGUCUUCUGGAAUUCCACGAAAAUCUUCGGUAAGUGGUUGAAUUCUUUGUAUUUUUGGACUCAUCUCUUGAUUUAUUCAUCUGGGUGUAUGUUCUCUUGAUUUCUUCUUCUGGGUGUCUGUGAAUUUUGAGGAUUUUUUAUGGGUCGUAGACAAAUUUCCUGAAUUGGGUUUUGAGAAGAAGGGGGGAUUUCGAAUUCCUUGCCUUUCUGCUUAAUCAUCUGUGAUUAUUUUUUUUUCCCCUCAUUUCGGCGUUUCUGAAAUUUGAUUAAUUUUGAUGGGUGGCAGGUAUAGAGCUGAAUUGGCUUGAAAUCCUUUGGUGGGUUUUGUAUUUCUAGGUUUAGGGUUUUUGUGAGUUGUAUCUUCUUCUUGAUUGGUUGGGUUUUUUCCCCCCUUCUUGGUUUUUUAUGUGGGGUAUGCUUGGAUUUUCAUGUAUUUUAAUGGGUGAUUGGAGAAAAGCUGAAUUGGGUACUUUGAAUCUUUGGGUUUUGAGAAGGGAGAGGGCUUGGAUGGUAUUUCAGUAAUUUUUGGUUUUAAGGAGGGGAGAAGACGGGGACUUACAUGGUAAAUUUCAUGUCUAUGGCCAUGGGAAGCAGAGCUACUGUCUUUCUUCUUCCUACCCUUUUCUGGUUCUGGCUGAGUAGUGACACUUGCAACGGUGUUGCAAGUGAUAUUCAAUGCUUGAAAGACCUAAAAGCAUCGCUGAACGACACAAAUGGUUACCUAGCUUCAUGGGUUUUCGAAAACAAGACGGAAGGGUUCAUCUGCAGAUUCAAUGGCAUCGAAUGCUGGCACAUUGAUGAAAACAAGGUCCUAAACAUACGGCUCUCGAACAUGGGCCUCAAAGGUCGGUUCCCGGUGGCUCUCAAGAACUGCACGAGCAUGACAGGAUUGGAUCUAUCGACAAACGACCUCUUCGGACCCCUUCCUGAUAACAUCGGUUCAAUAAUACCAUACGUGACAACCUUUGACCUCUCCUAUAACAAUUUCACUGGUGACAUUCCAACAAGCCUUGGGAAUUGUACCUACCUGAAUACACUUAGUCUCCAGCACAAUCGGUUUACAGGCCAGAUCCCCUGGCAACUUGGCCGGCUUGAACGGUUGUCUCAGUUCAGUGUCGCCGACAAUUCUUUGUCGGGACCAAUUCCUCCCUUUUUUAAGAAGGACUCAAUACUGGCCUCAAGCUUUGGGAAUAAUGCGGGACUUUGUGGGAAGCCUUUGGAUGUUGUUUGCAGAGGACCUGUGAAAAAGUCACAUACCAGUGUCAUCAUUGGUGCGGCCAUUGGUGGGAUAGUUCUCUCAGUUAUAAUUAUCGGUGUUAUUCUGUUAUUCAGUUUCCGUAAAGUAUCUAAGAAGAAGAAGGAAGAAGACCUUGAAGGAAACAAGUGGGCAAAGAGUAUUAAAGGAACCAAAGGCAUCAAGGUCUCCAUGUUUGAGAAGUCAGUUUCGAAAAUGAAAUUCAACGAUCUCAUGAAGGCCACUAAUAACUUCCACAAAGACAACAUUAUCGGAUUAGGGAGGACAGGCACAAUGUACAAGGCGACACUUCCAGAUGGUUCUUUCCUUGCAGUUAAGAGGCUUCAGGAUUCUCAACAUUCUGAGAAUGAAUUCAUAGCUGAGAUGAAGACGUUGGGGAGUGUUAAACAUCGCCACUUGGUUCCCCUUAUGGGUUUCUGCAUUGCCAAAAAGGAGAGACUUCUAGUAUACAAACACAUGCGCAACGGGAGUCUUUUUGAGCAACUACAUCAGGUGGAUGUUGAAGACAAAGCCAAACCAAUGGAAUGGCCUCUGAGGCUGAAAAUCGGUAUUGGGGCAGCAAAAGGCUUUGCAUGGCUUCACCAUAACUGCAAUCCUCGCAUCAUCCAUCGCAACAUAAGCUCAAAAUGCAUCAUGUUGGAUGAUGAUUUUGAGCCUAAGAUAUCUGAUUUUGGGCUGGCGAGGCUUAUGAAUCCAGUUGACACCCAUCUUAGUACCUUUGUCAAUGGUGAAUUUGGCGAUAUGGGUUAUGUUGCUCCGGAGUACACACGCACGCUGGUGGCCACUCCAAAGGGGGAUGUUUACAGCUUUGGUGUAGUGCUGCUUGAGCUGGUCACGGGUGAAAAACCCACUCAAGUGUCAACUGCUCCAGAAAGCUUCAAGGGGAAUUUGGCCGAGUGGAUUACUUAUCUUUCAAAUAACUCUCUUCUCCAGGAUGCCAUCGAUAAGUCUUUGAUUGGUCGGGGCUGUGACAGUGAGCUCCUCCAGUUUCUCAAAGUUGCGUGCAACUGUGUUCUGUCUGCCCCAAAGGAGAGGCCUACAAUGUUUGAAGUAUACCAGUUUUUGAGAGCUAUUGGUGAGAGAUACCAUUUUACAACCGAUGAUGACAUAUUGAUGCCAACUGACAGUGGGGAUCUUCCGGAUGAACUUAUCGUUGCACGUGAAAUGACAGAAGUUCGUUGAAAAGGUACAAAUAAGCAUGGGAAUAUGUAGAUUCGAAGAGGGGAAAACAAAGGAGCAGCAUCCAUUGAGUCACUUGGGCAAGAUCAUAUGCUCUGCACAACAAGUGUUUUCUGUAAUAUAUUAAGAAUGUUUUGUUUGCCCUACUGCAGUAAGUCUGAAAUUUCUUUAGUAUGUUUUUCGUAUUUAUUAAUAGUGUUUUGAUUGCUGUAUUCUCUCUUCUAUGUUGGAACAUUAUAUGUAUAUAUCGACUCUGGUAAUAACAAGCUGUUCUCCAUUA